UCGUGCGCGUACACACAGCGCAUAUGUGAAGGACUGGCGUUGAAAGGGGUUGAAUCUGUGCGGUCCGGUUCGAGCUUCCAACUUUCAUGAAUUCACUGAAACUAGUGCUGGAAAAUGGCUUACAAGUAUAACUCAAUGAGUGGCCGGGUUGGUUCAGCACCACCACAAACAGCAUACUCGCCCGCGGGACUGCAGGCAACAGUGACCGAGCCAAGUCAGAUUGUCUGGGACCAAAAGCCCAAGCCAGUAGCCAGAUUCAGGAGCCCCAUGGGGGGAGAUGGAGUUAUGGGCAGUCUGAUCAGGAACAGAGUCUAUGAAAACCAGAGAGUGUUCCAGAAACCCGAUGGUCUGCCGGUCCAUCUCAAGAAAGGAUUCACAGACCGAAUCAGUUACAGCAUUGUCAUGGCCCUGACUGUCUUUGGAACAGCUUGGACCUGCUACUCCCUCUACAAGCUCGCCCAACCAAAGAAGUGACCUCAAAAACUCUUUAGGAAUCGUAUAACACAUAAAUACAGUUUCUAGGAGUCAUUAAGUGUUUGCACACAUGAGAAAGAUUGAAAUGUUACAUUUUACCAGAGACGAACUUUACCUUUGUUGGUUGGAUUGUUAAAUUAUUAGUUACACUGGUAAGUGUUUCAGCAUGAGUUGCAAAGUACAGGUGGAUAUGUGAAGGGCAAGUGACAGAUAACUGCAGCUUUCUUGGGCAUACACCACGGAACUACAUAUGACUGACACUGCAGAACACACCUAGUGUACAUUUACCUGUUUAGUCUAGUUUCAAAAUUUUGCACACUGUGACGUGAGUGUAGUCAGGCUCUUUCGAAAAUUGCCAAGAACAGACAUGAUUUUCUCUUCAAAACUGGCUCACAAGCCUUUUUAUUUCUCCCACUGUUUGACUUGAGCAUGCUAAAGAGGUCACUAAUAUCUUCUAGGAAGCUUGAAAAAAUUCAGAUUUCCCCAUGGGCAGGAAGUUUGUUAGAAAAAGUCCCAUUGAAGAACUAAUGAUGUUUCCAAAUUUUGAGUCUAGAGGUAGACUUUUUUAUAAAAGGAAAUGUCUAUUGUUAUUUCAUUCGCAAAAGAACCCCACUUUCCAAAGAAACAUAGCAGUAACGUUCCUAAAGUGUAAAACUUAAAACUCAAUAAAACCAUUUAAAAUGUGGCAUGAAAUUAUUGUUUUGUUUUAAACUCCUAACUUGUUUUAAUAAACGAAAGUUGUGUACAGUUACAACAUAACUAAAGACGA